UGGUAAUCUGUGAGCACACAAGAGCUUUUAUGCAUAAACACAGGAACCUUUAAGUCAAUUUUGAAAGUCUACCUAAGCAGAAAAAUUAUAUUAUGUGCUAUAUUAUGUGUUAUAUCUACCAUAGCAAAACUUCUGUUUAAUCAUUUCUAUAUUGUGAUGCAAAUAACCUUAUGUUUCACUAAAUAUGUUCUAAUACAUUUAAUACGAUCAUUUUUAGUUUUGUGUGUUUGAUGUUGUGGAUCAAUGUGAGUAACCUGUAUAGUAACUGGUUUGUUGUGAUCAUUGUUGUUCAGGCUGUAGAUUAUACAGUAUUAUUUAAUAAAGGGGCAACUACUGGCACAAAUGACAUGUGUUUGGUACUGUAAGUCUGUAUCUGUAUUUUGUUAAAAACGGUGACUACAAAAGUUUAAACAAGCUUUGCAAUUUUUUUUAUUUUCCAUUGGUCAGACAAACAGAUAGCCCUACCCAAAAACUUAAGUCAUUGGUUGAGCCAGUACUGCAGGUUAAGUCUGAUUGGUGUUCUUUUAUCGUGUUCAUGUCAUGAGACAGUCUGUGAGCUUAGGGUCCAGAAACACCACAGAUCACUUUAUGUCUAUAGCAGGCCUCUCCUGACACAUGCAUUAAAUUUCACACACAACACAGAUAAACAAUUACAUUAAUGUAAUAAUUAUACCAUAAAAAAUCUAAAUAUUGUUGAAUGCAGUUUGUGUACAUCCAUCACUACAUGCAUAUAUUUUCUUGCACUUGUUAGAUGUCACAUGAUCUCAAAUUUCACACAUUGACCGUUUCGUUUUGAUGUGUCAACAGCGAUUUAAAAAGAAUACGCGGAAACAGAACUGUGAUACUGUUUUCUCACUCAAGGUUUUUUUGAUCAUGCCGUAUGCCUAUAGUGUAACUAAAAGUCCAUAUAAAGAAGUCUUUGAACUAUUUUUGCAAUGCCUCCAGGCAGCCAUCUCAGUCGUAUAAGACCAAGUCUGAUCUACUUAAAUAGUGGAGAACAGAUAUCUUUAAGAUCACUGGCUAAGGUUAAAACAACAUAUUUUCCAUAGUUAUGCUAUAGUAACACUUUUUUCAACUACAGUGCAUGCAUCAAGACUCAUCAUUGUUUUAAACCAUUCAUGAUUGGCUUUUUUUAAUAAGAGGCAGGACUAAAGAGGCCAUCCUGAGCACUAUAACACUUUUCCACAUUUAUAAUUCAGCUGUUCAUUGGUAAUAUAUAUUAUCUUUUGUAAAACUUACAUGUCAAAUGACAAAAUUGAAAAAAAAAAUUUGCACCACAAUAUCUUCAGGAAAUGAGUGUGUGAGGAUUUAUGUGCAUCACUACAUGUGCAUCUUUUCUUGUACUUAUUGGAUGUCACAUGAUCUUAAAUUUCACACUUCUUCUGAAAGCCAAUUCUGAUGCUACUUCCUCUUUCAAGUUUUUUUUUUCUUUUUUAUAAGACUCUGCUCAUAUGCCAAGAGCUUAACCAAAUUUUAAUUUUAGGGAAGUAUUAGCAUUUGGCAGCCAUUUUACAACAACCUCCAGACAGCUAUGUCAGUCUUACAAGACCAGAUCCAAUCUAUAUGAAUAGGGGAGGAUCGAGAUCUCUUACAACACUAGCUAGGUCACAAUAAAACAAAAAUGUUCCCACCAACAAUUAAAUCAAUAAUCUUUCCAUAACUUUUGUUGCUUAAAGGUCACUUAACACACGCUGUGUCUGCUAAUCUUGAGUUCCUAUAGAUUAGUAUUGAAUCCUUCAUAUCUCAGAAGAGUCUUUAGUUUUAUCAGAUUUAUAAAAGACAUAUCAACUGUACUGCUACUUUCUGGAAAAACAGAGCUCCUGGAGGCGUACUGCAAGCGGAGCACUUAACACGCACAAAACAUUAUCCCACUAUCACUGGAUAACUUGGAUAAUGUUUACUUUAUAUGCACUUACGUGGAGAAUGCCAACAAUACAGACUUUUAAUGCAGUUUUACUUACUGCAUGUGACUCAUGACCCGGUUGGGACCACCAAUUUCCAGCAUCAAACAAACCCACUUGCACAACUCCGCUGCUACCCCAGAUAAACAAACUAUAUCCAUUGGUUCCAUAAUGCUCGGUUCUUUGGGAAGCUGAAAAAGCUUAAAUUUCCCUCACAAACAACGUCUUUGGUGAUCAUGAUUUUGCGUCAGCACUUGGUUGGUGUAUGUGUGUGCUAUUCCGGUUGAAGUGCCUAUAUAAGGACUUCCACUGCACUUACUGCACUGCUUACGCAACAGAUUCAGUAGUCGGAAAAAAAACUUUCUGAAACUUGUACGAACCCAAACUAAGUGCAUUUGGCACAGAAAUACUCGUUCUUUCUGUCCUUUAUUAAGAAAGAGACAAAGCAAAUCAAACAACUACUGCUAAAACAGCAUACAGCAAAGAUUCAGACAUUCAUCACCUCUAGAAAGAUCAUAGAUUAUCUAAAAUAAUCUAUAAGUACAAUGACGAAGCUAAGCUGUUUGCAAGAAGCCACCAUAAAGCACCUUACAGUUGAAAAAAGGCAUGUACAGAAUCAAAUCAGCACAUCAACUGGCCCCAAGGAAAAAUGGUGUAACAUUUUGUGGACUGAUGAGUUUAAAAUUUGUCUUUUUGGGUCUAGUAUCAACAGUAUGUCAGGCGACCCCCAUGUACUGAAUUUAAGCCACAGUAAACUUCAGAGAAGUUACAAUUGAAGUUUUAAAUAUGAAGGGUUUACAUAAGUCCGGACCUUGUGGACGUCAUAGCUGGUCACGACCAUACACACAGCACCCCAACCUAAAAUGUCGCCUGGUGCCUGUAUGUCGAGGCCAUUAUGAGGUUAAUGUGAAAGUCUGUCAGCUCAUAUUACUUUAUGUGUUUACAAUAGGUCUCUCCUGACACAUAACAGAUAGUGUUUAGGAUAACCAUACAGCAUAAAAUAAAAAUUGUUUUUUGGUGAUAACCUCUUUGGCUAUGUGCAUCUCUAAACUCCAAAAUAAAAUAUGCAGAUAAAACACUGCUCAAAGUUGCACAAAAAUUUAGGACAUGACUACUGUAUCUACAUCUGUUUACUGGCCAAUGAUACACAAUCUUCCUGCAGCAGAAUCAUGCAGCACACAAUCUUACAGGUCACAUGAUUUGGCACUGAAGUGAGAUUUCCGUUCUGACACUUAUUCGAAGCAGACCAGAAAUGUCGUAUGGUAAUAAUCAAAAUAUGCUCAAGACUGGAAACAAGAAAAUGGACAAAGAGAGAAUGGAGAUGCAAUAUCAAAACGAAGAUGAAUACAAGACACUGACUGACUUCAGAUCAAACAGACAACAACCACUUCAGUCUACAGGACGCGAGUCUACAAAGAUCAGAUGUUACAGAUCAGCUACAGUGUGUUUGGUGCUGCUGUGUGUUCUUCUACUGACUGCAGUCAUAGUGCUGUGUGUCCUCAUCAAUACAAACAUUCACCAAUGCCACAAGACCAAAAAUGAACUGAGGAAGACUUUAAGUGAAGCAGAUGGAUGGACUUACUAUCAGUCCAGUUUUUAUUUUAUUUCAUCCGAGCAGAAGAGCUGGACUGAUAGCAGAAGAUACUGUAGAGAGAGAGGAGCAGAUCUGAUCAUCAUUAACAACAGAGAGGAACAAGAUUUUAUUAACUUCUUUACUGGUAAGGAGAGACAUUGGAUUGGUUUGUCUGACAGUGAUGUAGAGGGCAUAUGGAAAUGGGUUGAUGGCAGCACACUGACCUCUGUCUUCUGGAAGUCUGGAGAACCCAAUGGCCAUAGUGGAGAGAACUGUGUUGAGACUCACUCAUCAGAGUGGAAUGAUUACUCAUGUAAUAAAGCUAUACAAUGGAUCUGUGAGAAAAAAAUGUUACUUCAGUAAAUUCAUUUAUCUGAGCAGCCUAAAAUUAAAUAAAAGUUGAACAUAUACUUGUAAGAUUGCUAUAUCUUCCAAAGCAAAACUUUGGUUUAAAACGUUUCCAAAUGGUGAAUGUGCAACUAACCUUUUGUUUCACAGGACUUAUUCUAAUAAAUGAAGCUUUUCAGCAAAAGUGAUUUAAAUUUGCAUCAGUGUGAGUCAAAUAUUGAGGAACUGCUAUCAUUGUUGUUCAGGCUGUACAGUAGUUAAACUAUUAGUUUAUAAAGGAGCAACUACUGGAAUAAAAUAUAUGCUUUUGGUAACUCUGUAUCUUUGCUGUUUUGUAUUUUUGUUACAAUAAAGUUUAA